AAUGACUAGUCCGUGGAGACGGGCAAUCUCUUGCGGAGGUUGGCUGAAUACGCGCAAGGUGUAUUUUCGUAUUGUCGGAUAAGCGCCAGGCAGAUACCGUCGCAACACGCUGGGAUAUCACACGCCUCGCUUGAACGAGUGAUGAAAACGCCGCACCGCAGUUAAAGCCGCGCCAGCCCACCACGUGAAUCGCCGCGCACGGCCGCGAACGGUGCGCUCGCCCGCCUGGGUACUUCCGGAAAAAAAUACGGCGCCUCGCAGAAAUACGAGAUCAUGGCGGUGCCCAACACCGGUGUAGUCGUGCCCCGGAACUUUCGUCUCUUGGAAGAGUUGGAGCAAGGGCAGAAAGGUGUGGGUGAUGGCACCAUCAGUUGGGGCCUGGAGAACGACGAUGACAUGACCCUCACGCACUGGACGGGUAUGAUAAUUGGACCGCCUAGGACGCCUUAUGAAAAUAGGAUGUAUAGUUUAAAAAUUGACUGCGGUCAAAGAUAUCCAGACGAUGCCCCUAAUGUUAGAUUUUUAAGCAGAAUCAAUAUGAAUUGCAUUAACAGUGCUACUGGAGCUGUGGAUAAUCGCAGUGUACCAGUUCUCGCAAAGUGGCAGCGAGAAUACACAAUUAAGACAGUUCUUCAGGAGCUUCGUCGUCUGAUGACGUUGAAGGAAAAUAUGAAACUUUCUCAGCCUCCGGAGGGCAGCACUUUUUAGCCUAACCAUAUGAACAGAGACAUCUUCCUUUUUGCAAUAGCAUGAGGCGAGAUCUAAUUGAAGGUACCAAAUAAUAUUAAAUGGGUGCCCGCUGAAGAUGUAUGUUUAAAAAAACAAAAAAAAUAAAGAAAAAACAGCUUUGUGUGAAAGGAGGGAGGAGGUAAUAGCUUGGAAAGUUGAAUGAGUGUACUGAAUUUAUGCAUAGGCUAGAUAGAGAAAUUAACAGUUUUGUUUGACAAAACAAAGCUGAUUCAUCGGAAUUUUGCAAUGAAAGAAAGAAUUUAGCGUCCCCUACGGAUAUUUCCCAAUACUUCGUUUUGCAUAUACAUUUUUAAACGGUUUUGAGAACAGUUUGAACAUUUUUUUUUUUCAAUAUAGUUCGGAACGUAGCAAUGAAAGAACUUGUUUUUGAUCAAUUCUCUCAUUAGACUAUCAGCUAAGUUCUCAAAUGUAUGAAAGAAAAAAUGUUCAAACCGUAGUGAAACUGAGUAUACGUUAAUUAAUAUUUAUGCACGGAUUGCAUGUAAACAACGCGAAUUGAUCCAAGGAAACUUCGCUCCAGCUUUUCAAGCUAGUACGAUGUAAAGCAAACAAAAAAUCAUAUUUUGAAUCUUAAAACUUGAAACAGACUGUAAGAAAAACGAGCUAAUCAGUAAGAAUAACUUAUGCCUUCGAAGUUUUUUAAACGAGAGAAGGGUAACGCCUGUGUAUUGUGCACCGUUUUAAGACUUUUUUUUCCGUUUGCGCGUAAGUGCCAUUUCAUCUCUUGCGGAGGUGUCUCACUCUCUCAGUGCUGUUGUAGAAAAAAAGAAAUGAACAAUAAUUGUAAAUUCCGGACCGUAAAUUUAUACAUUCAUUUUACGUUUUCUGUGCUGCGUACUAUUUCAAAUAAUGCGAGAACAACUAACGAUCUUUCGACAAAGUUAAAUAAACAACGUGUACGCGUUGCGCGCAUUCGGUUGAGAAAUUUAAUUCUAAAAACGGCCUGUCGCAUCGUACGAUUUAUGUUUCAUAAUCGAUGAACGUCGCUCUGUAACCGACGGAUAAGCGACAAUUUGAUUUAUAAUAAUCCUGUAUGACGAAUGUGGUAUAUCAUGCUGCAUGGUGAGGUACAUCAGUGUAUGAAGCAUCGUGGAUGAACAACUUUUAGUUGCUAUCUAUGUAUUUGAACAUACAUAAGAGCCGAAAGUACAACGCGUGUACUUGGAUCGUGUCCAUUAAAAUGCAAGGGGAUCACUGCGUGAACAAUGCUCAUGUUCGAUCCAGGCUUCAUAAUUGAUGUAUCAUUAUUAUAUAUUUUUAUUAUUAUAAUUAUAAUUAUUAAUGAGUCAUACUUAAUUCUUAACACACCGUGUAAAGUAUACAAGCUGCGUAUUAAUUGUUACAAAAUCAGGUUUAUCUCACUCCUUAGUGCAAUUACAAUGAUAAAUUAUGUGGAUCAUAUUAUUACUGAAAGUGAUAUCGAGUUGUAUGCAGCCUGUUAAUGAUUUCCGAUAUCGAAAACGACGUGUUUGUUACGUUCGCCCCACGCUCCUACACACACGCGCGCGCGCGCGCACACACACAUACACACAUACACAGUAAGAGAAUAAUUAUAAGUUAUUUCAAUGUCAUUUGAGGAUUGUCGUUCGAUUGAUCGAAAGGAUGUCUUUAUUCAUAGACUAAAGUCAGUUUCACCAAAGUAGAUUUUGAAAUAUCUCCACGUUUCUUGUGUAAUGUAAAAAGAAAUUUUUCGAUUGCCCGGAAUGGAAUAUACAUACAUACCUCUUUGUCAGCUUUGCAUUUCAGUAUUACACUAUGGGUAUGUAAUAGUGUAAUUUAAAUCAUCCUAUUGAAGGAAUAACAAGUUAUAACUCCAUGUGGACGAAAUCAAGCUUAAGGAGAAUAAAAUGAUUUCCUUAGAAA